CCGAGCUGGUGGUGGACAAGGCCAUGGAGCUGAAGUACGUGGGGGGCGUCUAUGGAGGGAAUAUUAAACCCACGCCCUUCUUGUGCUUGACGCUGAAGAUGCUGCAGAUCCAGCCCGAGAAGGACAUCAUCGUGGAGUUCAUAAAAAACGAAGACUUCAAGUAUGUGCGAAUGCUUGGAGCACUGUACAUGAGACUGACAGGCACUGCCAUCGACUGCUACAAGUACCUGGAGCCGCUGUACAACGACUAUCGCAAAAUUAAAAGUCAGAACAGGAACGGGGAAUUUGAACUGAUGCACGUGGAUGAAUUUAUUGAUGAGCUACUCCAUGAGGAACGAGUCUGUGACAUCAUCCUGCCUCGACUGCAGAAACGGUAUGUUCUUGAAGAAGCUGAGCAACUUGAGCCUCGUGUUAGUGCUCUGGAGGAAGACAUGGAUGAUGUAGAAUCUAGUGAGGAGGAGGAAGAAGAAGAUGAAAAGCUGGAACGGAUCCCAUCUCCUGACCACCGCAGACGGGGCUACAGGGACCUGGACAAGCCGCGCAGGUCUCCGGUGGUGCGCUACCGGCGCAGCCGCAGCCGCUCCCCCAGGAGGCGCAGCCGCUCUCCAAAGAGAAGAAGCCCAUCACCGCGCCGGGAGCGGCAUCGCAGCAAGAGCCCGAGACGGCACCGGAGCAGAUCCCGGGAGAGGCGCCACAGAUCCAGAUCUAAAUCUCCAGGGCAUCACCGUAGUCACAGACACAGAAGUCAUUCCAAAUCACCUGAAAGAUCUAAGAAAAGUCACAAAAAGAGUCGGCGAGGAAAUGAAUAAGAAACAAAACGCAGCCCACUGUUCAAGGACCUUGAGCUGCAGUCUAAUGCUGUCCUGUUUGCUCCACAGGACAGCUGACUCUACUGGCUGCUUUAGCAGUCCCUUUCUUUUAUCAUCUUUCUCAUUUUGUUUUCUUGAAUUUUUUUAUUAAAGGUAAGCUAAGGACACUUUUUAUGUAGUUAGUUACUCAUCCUUGUGAUAGAAUUUGAAGGUUGUUUUUUUAAUUGUUUUUCUUGAAGCCUGUAAAAACUUUAGGAAGAGCAAUAAAAAAAGAGAAAGUUUUGUCUUUAAAGGC